AUGCGGCUUCAGACUUAUUCUCCGCUCUUGGCAGCUUUUCUCAACUUGGACGCCGACGAGAAAACCGGGCCUGGGGCAGCCAAUGGCCACGCCCUGCCAGCUCCAUCCCAGAUGCUAGAGGCUUGGCUUUACGGAUCCCCCGAGUUUGUUCAUGAGCAUACAAGUAGAAAGGCAAAAGCUCCUGGGUACGCCACCCGCCCGCCCGUCAGCAGGCCCCAGAGCGAGAACGAAUCACUUGCCUUCCAGCGCCCUAUUCCCAACGUCCCUGUCGCGCCCUUCACCAGCGAGUGCUGA